CCCUCUUAUGAUGAACGCGAUGCUAAUUAUUUUGUCUUAAGUGCCAAGCACCACCAACAUGCCAUAUUAUUAGCUAUUAACGAAAGUGACACGCUUUUUUGGAAGGGAUAUAUUGACCUUCAUCGUGAACAUUAUCUGCUCGAAUGUAUUUCUGCAGAAAGUAAUGUUGACCUUACUAUUGACUUUAUACGACAGGCUUUUAAAAAACCUGGUAUUCUUAGAUUGUUUUUGAGCCAGCUAUGCAGAAAAAUUUUUGCAUCUUGCUUCAUACUCGAAAGGUCUUUACGUUUGAAUAGGAAAGUGAAAAAUAUCCACGAUACAAUUAUUGAUAUUUUCCCAUCAAUCCUCUUUCCUGAUCUUCUAAUAAAUUGGUUUACACCUUCGUUUGCACAGCAGUUGCAUAGACAAAUUGGAAAUGAAUUAAUUAGUAAUGCAGGUCAAUAUAGAACGCGACACAUUAUAGCAGCACAAGAAAAUUAUGUAUAUAUGGCACCAGAUUUGAUUGAGGAUAAAAUGAAUGAGUUAUUUUGUCAAU